AUGGGGAGAGGAUGCCUGUUGAUGGAUGAAAAAUCAUCAACUAAUCCGUUGGUUAGUGGAGAGACAACAUAUUUCGAACGUACUAUGGGUACUUAUAUCGAACUCAUUAGUGAUAUAAUUCGUCGUUUACAUUUAUUAUUAUCGUGUCGUUCAUCGUGUCCAGUUAUUAAAUCAUGUCUCGAAGUUAUUGCUGAUGGACUAGAAUUUGUAUUUGAUAUUAAAUCAAUAAAUCUUUGUCAAGUUAUUCCAACAUUAUUUAACAGUGAUAAAAAACAUUUUAAUGAUAUUGACAAUGAUUUAAAUAAAAUGAGAGAACAGAAUAUAACGAUUAUUUCUGAUAAUUCUCAAACAUCGAGUGCUGAUGAAUCAACAGCAUUACUAUUUAAUGAUGAAAAUACAAUCAAAUGUUUGUCAAGAUUAUACAAUUUUUAUAAUAUUAAUAGUGAACAAAUAAAUCAACAUAUUGGUGAAAAUCAUGUUUCGAUUCUACUUCCUAUUCAUCAUUCGUUGCUUCAAAUACGUCAGUUAUUAAAACCAAUUCAGUUAUUAUCGUCCACAGAUCAUUUAAUAUCUUCUACAAAUUCAUCAAAUAUAUUUACCGAUACAACUUUGAUAUAA